UCGUACAAUAGUGUUGCACAGGUACUGAUAGUGAGAAGUCGCGUCACUUUGCCGGAGUUACAAAUAUGAGUGUAAAGUGUCAAAUAUUACUGAGUGAUACAAAAGAUGAUGUGUUUAGAGCCGGGCUACCAAUAUCUGGUACACUACAGUAUUCAUUAGAAACAGCGACAAAGUACGAUAGUAUAGAUAUUUCUUUAAUCGGCAAAGGAUGGUGCCGCUGGUCAGAAAAGGACUGCGAUAGCGUGCACUUCUUCCACAACAAAGAAGACCUCGUAUCACUUACUAAAAAUAUAUUCAAAGCCAAGCUAGGCGAUGAAACAGUUCAAGCAGGAAAGUAUGAAUAUCCAUUCAAAUUCUUACUACCAGAAGAUUUGCCAUCAUCAUUUAAGAAUAAAACCUGCACAAUAAUGUAUAAAGUUAUCACUAAGUUCGUAGAACCAGGCUCAUUGAACGUUACAGAUAAGUUCGAUGUAGAAGUACCAGUGCGAGGCUAUGUAAGCCCGUGUUCCCCGGAGCCACUAGUAUUUGGAUUGAAGAAGUAUCUUUUUUCUUUCACAUCGAAAAAUCAAGUUACUGUUAAAGCGAUUAUAGAUAAAACCUUUUUACAACCAGGAGAAAAUAUAACCCUAAAGCUUACAAUAAACAAUGACUCGGAUGUGCCAGUAAAUAUCUUGACCGAACUUUAUGCAUCAUUUACAUACACAUCUUGUAAAGAGAAAAGACAUAUACGAAAAUUUUCAAGAGAACCAGUGAAAUCUACUGCUGGAGUUUCUCCGACUUUAAAAGAAAAGAGUGUGUCAAAUUUAACGUGUGUAGUACCAACUUGGACGAGUUAUACUAUACAGAAUUCUAGUAUACUUAAAAGAGAAUACUUUGUAACAGUUACUGCUAGAUUUCCAUUUCCACAUUUUAAUGAGUAUGUGAGAAUACCAGUAGUGAUUGGAGAGAAGAAAGAAGAUUAUAAAGCUGCAAUCGAAAGUAGUAAGGAUGAUGAACCUGUGAUAGAAGUCUUAAGUAAAUGUGAUAAAUAUAACGACCAAAACGUUGCCACACAUUUUGGGGAACCAAUAAAUAAGUGGACUUUGAAAUCACACAUGUGUUGAAAGAAGUUGUCGUGAACUAUAUGCAUGCCUAAGUGCUUGACGUUUUUUUGUGAAUCUCAGACAGGUUAAAGAUUGUGACUAAAUACUCGGAACGUGUUAUGAAAAUCUGAAAUAUAUGUUAGGUGCAGUUUA